AAGAAAAGAGCAAAGAAAGAAAAAAUGGUCCCUAUUCCACAUAUUGUGGCUAUACCUUAUCCAGCACAAGGUCAUGUUCUUCCUUUAAUGGAGCUCUCCUUAUGGUUAGUUAAAGAGGGUUGCAAAAUCACCUUUGUUAACUCUGAAUUCAAUCACAAAAGAGUCAUUAAGGCAUUAUCAGAGAACAAAGACGUGCAGAAGAAGAUAAGCUUAGUCUCAAUUCCAGAUGGAUUGGGAGCUGAAGAAGAUAGAACAGACCUGAAAAAGUUGACAGAAGCAAUUGCUGAAGUGAUGCCUGGGAAACUUGAGGAAGUUAUUAAGAUGAUUAAUGAGUCUGAUGAAAAUGGAGUUUCAUGUGUUAUAGUUGAUGAGAAUAUGGGAUGGGCAUUGGGAGUAGCAGAAAAAUUAAACAUUAGAAGAGUGGCAUUCUGGCCUGCAGCUGCAGCUACGUUAGCCUCGUUAUUUAGUGUCUCUAAACUCAUUGAUGAUGGAAUCAUAGAUAGCGAUGGAACAAUAUUGAGGAAACAGGGGAUUAAGCUAUCACCAAACAUGCCAAUCAUGAACCCAUCAGAUUUUGCCUGGGCUUGUUUUCCUGAUCCAGCCAUGAGAAAAUUGAUAAUCGAGCUCGUAAAAGACAACAAUGAGAGAGUAAAAUCAGCAGAUUGGAUAAUCUGUAACUCAGCAGAGGAACUUGAGCCUGGAGCUUUUGCCAUGUUCCCUCAAGUGUUACCAAUAGGACCACUUUUGGCAAGCAAUCGACUCGGAUCUUCAGCAGGUCAUUUCUGGCCCGAAGACUCGAAUUGCCUAAAAUGGCUAGAUUUGCAACCACUUAACUCUGUUAUUUACGUUGCAUUUGGUAGCUUAACAAUCUUGGAUUCAAUUCAGUUCCAGGAGCUGGCACUAGGGUUAGAGUUGUCGAAACGACGAUUCUUGUGGGUUGUUCGAGAAAAUCUACUGACUGAAGAGGCUGCUGAUAAUGCUUACCCGAAAGGUUUCAAAGACAGAAUAAGCAAUCGAGGCCAUAUAGUAAAAUGGGCACCUCAACAACAAGUGUUAGCUCAUCCUUCUAUUGCUUGUUUUUUAAGUCAUUGUGGUUGGAAUUCAACUGUUGAGAGUGUGAGCAAUGGAGUCCCUUUCUUAUGCUGGCCUUAUUUUGCUGACCAGUUGUUUAACCAGAGUUACAUUUGUGAUGUUUGGAAAGUAGGACUGGGAUUUAAGAAAAAUGAGUUUGGAAUUAUUGGAAAAGAAGAAAUCAAGAAUAAGAUGGAUCAGUUAUUUGGUGAUGAGGCAUUUAAAGAAAGGGCUUUAGAUCUUCAAGCAAAGGUUAAGUCUAGUGUCAAAGGAGGAGGAAGUUCUAACAAGAUGUUUGGUAAAUUUAUUGACUGGAUCAAGACAGCUCAAUGAGCCUGCAAUCAAUCUCCAUGUUCAAUUUAACUUCACAGCAUGGUAGAAUGAAUUUAAGAAAAGGACCUUAACUAUAUAUUAUAAAUACAAUAUUCUAAACCCAUAUUCUACGUGAAAUUUCAAGCUUUUUUUUUUCUUCAAUCAAAUCUCUGCAUUGGUGUCU